UUCAAGGAGAAAAGGGCUAGUUUAUAUUCCUAAGCAAAGUAUUAAACACAAGGUUUAGCCAAGCUUAACUCCCUUUUCUUCCUUAAAUCAUUUUUAAUGGAGAAAUCUCCAAACUCAGCUAGAGGUGUGAGCUAUGGUGGAGGACAAAGCUCCUUAGGCUAUCUCUUUGGCGGUGAUGAUAAAAAACAACAAAAGAUUGAUGACCCUCCACCUUCUGCCACUGUUUUGGCACCACCUUAUGGUAUUGAUGAUGAAAAUGAAAAUCCAUCAGAAAUUUCUAACGCUACUUCAAUUACUUAUCAAAAAUCUCAGGGCCAAAAUUCAGGAAUUUUCGUCACUGGUCGUCCAUCGACAAAGGUGAAAUCAGUUCCAGGAGGAGAUUCAUCUUUGGGCUACUUGUUUGGAGAUAAGUCUUGAAGUUUCUUCAUGACCUAACUUCUAAGCAUAUCGGGUGAAGUUUAGGGUUUGAAUAAGGGACUACCCAGUAAUUUGCACUUUCUCUAUUGUUUUGGAACUGAGACGUAGUAAUCAUUGUCGUUUUGUCAUUUUAAUAUUUCUAUUUUGUGUGCUAGUAUUAGUAGUCUGUUAAUUCAUCUAAGUGUGUGUGGUUGUGUGAGAUCUGGUUUGUGAGUGAUGAAGAUCAUCAUGAAGAUUUGGUUAGGGUUUGUAAAGUUUUCAGUAUUAUGUAUUAUAACAAUAAUCUCCAAAUAAAUUAUUUAUAUUGAAAUAUAUUUGGGUCUUUGCUUUCUUUA